AUGGCAGAUCAAUAUCUUUUGAAUUUCUAUUGGGUGUUUUUGUUAUCAGCAGCUUUGCUUCUCUAUUUUUUGGUUAACCUUGGCUCAUACUCGAGUAAUAAGUCUGAUAAUUACAAUACUAAUAUCCUUCCGAGACCAUAUCCAUUGUUAGGUCAUGUUGUGGGAAUCCUAAGAAAUCGACAUUGCAUGAUUCAAUGGACAGCUGAGCUAUUGCUUGUUUCAACUACUAAUUAUAAAACCAAAUUCCUUCAUUUCCCUCUAAGGCGCCACCCUCACAUUCUCACUGCUAACCCUGCCAACGUCCAACACAUUCUCAAGACUCGCUUUGAUAUCUACCAGAAAACCAAAAACUUUCGUGCCGCUCAUCAGGACUUGUUCCAAGACAACCUUUUCCUAUCAGAGGGUGGCCAACAACGUUGGAAAAAACUUAGACAGUUGUUCGGCCACCGAGUUAAUUCAAGAUCAUUUCUUAAGUUUGCCAUGCUAGUCACUAACAAUGAAGUAUCCAAUCGUCUCCUUCCUUUUCUCAUCUCCAAUACGGGUGCCCUUGUAGAUCUUAAUGACAUCCUACGCAGAUUCACAUACGACGUUGUAUUUCGAAUGGUACUUGGCCACGACCUGGCCUAUUUAUCUACUAGUAACAGUAAUAAUUUGUUCCCACAGACCAAAUUCGCUGACUCUUUCGAGGCUGCAAAAGAACUCAGCUGGAUGAGGUUAUUUUCUGUAACAUGGAAAGCCAAACGGUUUCUCAAUAUGGGCUCUGAAAAGAGACUCCAACUUGAAAUCUCCGAAAUGAGAGAAUUUCUUAGACAAAUAAUAAGCAGGAAGAAUGAAGCUGCUCGACGAGUACUGCUUGAUCAAAACAUUAAUUAUGAUAAUGAUGAUUUCAUAUCUGGAUUAUUAUUAAUGAGUAGUAAUAAUAAUAACGAUCAGCGGGAUGACGAUGAUGAUGAUGAGGAGGAGAUCCUUAUCGGUGCCUCCAUAAAUCUCAUUCUGGCAGGCGUGGAGACCCUUCUAGCAGCUUUAAAAUGGUUUUUCUUGUCAGUUUCAAAGAACCCAAACGUGGAAGAUAAGAUUGUUAAAGAAGUCAAAGAUGAGAAAAAGGAUAUUAGGGAUAUGAUUUAUACCCAUGCUUCAAUUUUUGAAAGCAUGAGACUUUACCCUCCAGUCCCUCUAGGUGGACUGGAAGCUACACAAGACGAUGUAUUGCCUGAUGGUACAAAUGUGAACAUGGGGACUACUGUUAUCUUUCAUACUUACGCAAUGGGGAGGUCACCGGAAUUGUGGGGUUCCGAUUGGCCGGAUUUCCGUCCUGAGAGGUGGCUCAAGAGAAGUGAAGAAAAUCAUGAGACUUUCUUGGCUAGAGACUCUUACACAUAUCCAGUGUUCCAUGGAGGUCCAAGAAUUUGUUUGGGAAAAGAGAUUGCGUUGGCGCAAAUGAAAACUGUCGUCGCCGCUGUCUUACGCCGGUUUCAUUUUGUGCCGGCCAUGGAGGAAAAAGAUUAUGAACUUCUUUACUCGUCUCCGUCCAGUAAUGGCUUUCUUGUAAAAGUUGUACAUCGUAAAUAA